AAGGCGUCAACUCUUGACUUUGCAUUUUGGAGAGAUGUUUUGACUUUCCAUGUAAUGGAAAUUGAAUGCUCGUGGGUAGUCGCCACACGCGCAAAGCCAUUGUCUUCUGUAUAUAUACAAACAUGGCAACGAUCGCACCCAUCUUUCGUAUCCAUUCUGAUUCUGAUUUUCAGUCACACAGUGGUUCUACAUUUUGUGAAACGGUGCUGAUCUCCUCCUGCAUAUUAAUUUACCUUGAAUCUUCAGCGUUUACUCAGUGGAUUUCUCCGGCAACAAGCAGAUUGACAAGAGCAGCAUCAGACUUGGAAUUCUUAUUAAACAUGGCAAUGAGGCUCACUUUCCUCUUCUUGAUCACUCUUGCGUGCUCAGUAAUGGUCGAAGACAUUUCUGCAAUGUCAGAUACAGCUCAGCUUAUGCCUUCAGUAUCAGGAGCAACCAGGCAUGUUUGGUCACUAUUAAGGGGCGCGCAUUUCGAAAAUGUGAAUUUUGAAGUCUUGGAAUUCGACGGAAGCUCCCGAAAGAUGUUGCACUUGCGGGAAGAUAUGAGAACAGCGCCGCCGACUGCAUCCACUCUCUCAUCGAGUGUAACUCCAAGACCCCGAAAACUGCUCGUACGCACGAAUAACCGGUCUGACCCGGGCAGGAACCCGGCUCCUAGCAGAGACUCGCCUGCAGGUCCAACUGGCUAGAGUUGCACGCGACCGAUAAAUCAAAAAGACUGGCGAGAGUUGCACUUGGACACGCAUCUACAGCCUUGGGCACCUUCGGGACUAAAGCAACUGGACUUGACGUGAUUGUGUGUGUUUUCGUCACAAGCCAAAGAAUCAUAUUCAGAAUUUUACAGUGAAGAUUUAUCUGCACGGAAGAUUCGGAAUGGAGGCCACCUCUCAAAACUCCGUACCGGCUCAAUAGCACCCGAAUUGGACAGGAUAGGGAAAUUUUCAAGUCUUCGUGAAACUCUUCUCCCUUGCCUUGAUUUAGAGCCGAGGGGAAAUCCUUGCUGCUUCUUCAACGAUAGUCUCCAUACUCGAUAUAGCCACAAAACUGCGCUCAUGUAUAGUUGUCAUAAAAGUGCCUUCGAAACUUGUCUCUUUACAGUUUGACUGUACUGGGCCUUUUCUACUGUACAGCCAUGAACUGGACUUUUAUUGCAAUUGGAGGAAAAAGUGC